AUGUCUUCCGUGAAAAUUCGCGACUCCGCAUUAAACUCCAUCAAACGCUAUUUGCAAUCCAGCAAAGUGGAUGCACUUUCGGUCGAUACCGAAGUAAUUACAACAUAUUUGCAAUUGCUAGAAGAGCAAUGGACUCGCUUUUGUGAUGCACAACAAGAAUUAACAUGUGGGGACGAGAACGUUUCCUUAGAGGAGCAAUCACGCAUACAAGGAGAGGAGUGGUAUAGCACCGCUAAAGCUAACAUGAAACGUCUACGCGCAGCUCAAAGGCAGACACCGCAACGAAGUACUGCUCCAGAAUCACCUGUUCCUGUACCUCUACCUAAACUGCAACUGCCGUUAUUUGGCGGUGAUCCUACGCAAUGGCUUCCAUUUCACGACGCCUUUUGCUCUCUCAUUCAUACGAACGCAAAUUUGUCGAACGGACAAAAGUUACAUUAUCUACGUAACUGCUUGAAUGGAGAAGCAUUGGACUUGGUGAGUAGCUUAGCGGUAUGUGAUAGCAACUACGCUGAAGCAUGGGACUUAUUGACCGCGAGGUACAAGGUCAUGAGAGUCAUAGUGGACAGCCACAUCAAAGCGCUCAUGUCAGUCGGGAUCGCAGCUAAAGACAACGCUAAGGCCAUAAAACAAGUGCUAAAUUCAAUACUUCAGCACGUUGGUGCGUUACGUGCACUCGGGCGACCAGUCGAAUUUUGGGACGACUGGCUCAUUCACUUAACCGUUUCGAAGCUAUCUUACGAAACUCGCAAACAUUGGGAGUUAUCAAUCUUGCUAGAUGACUUGCCAUCUUUCUCCGCUCUUCGAGAAUUCCUCGAAAACCGCGCACGAUCAUUGGAAAUGGUGCCGUCAGUCAGCACUACCGCAAAGACAACAACAAAGAAUGUCUUUCAUACCGCAUUCACGCAACCAGAAAUACACGUUCCUACAUCAACUGCUACCAAGGUGUCGAAUUGUGUUUAUUGUAACGAAGAGCAUAGAAUCUAUUCAUGCUCGCAGUUCAGCCAAUUGGAUCCCAAAGGUAGACUAUCCGCUAUCAAGAAGUUAGGAACCUGUAUAAACUGCCUCAGUAAAGGACAUAUGUUGACAAGAUGCCGCAGCACAUCUUCGUGUCGAAUAUGUCAACGCCGCCAUCAUACCUUACUUCACGCAAGCUUCAUCAAUCAACCCGCAACAUCCGAGAGCACCGCAAAUGAACAUUUUAAUGUAACCGCACACCACGCAAACGCUGAUCGCGUCAUCUUACUGCCAACCGCAGAAAUUAUGAUACAAGAUUUCGCCGGUCGAUGGCAACCCGCUCGCGCACUCCUCGAUAAUGGUUCACAUGCAUCAUUCAUCACCGAGGCUUGCAUCCAACGCCUUCGCCUUCCCAGAUCGCCUUCAUCCGCUUAUGUCACUGGGAUUGGCUCACUACAAGGAGGUCGUACAAAGGGUGAGGUAACGCUUAAUAUAUCCCCUCGAACCCUUAAGACACAAUUUCAAGUAAGUACGCUUAUCUUACCGAAAAUCACUAACGAUCUUCCAACCGCUUCUCUACCGAGAUCCGCAUGGCCGCAUAUUACCGAUUUACCGCUAGCCGAUUGGAACUACUCCGACCCCGGUCCAAUCGACAUUCUUAUUGGAAUGGACACAAUGGACAAAUUUCUACUAAGUGGACUCCGCAAGGGUGAACGGGGUACUCCAAUGGCACAAAACACUGUAUUCGGAUGGGUACUAUUUGGCAAUGCAACUAAUUCGCAGAACCCACCUUUAAAGGUUACAACUUUACAUUCCGAUACUCAUUUAAAUCAACUUAUCAGCAAGUUUUGGGAACUUGAAGAGUUACCCACUCGUAAGUUCUAUUCACCUGAAGAAUCUCUUUGUGAGAAAUUAUUCUAUGAAACAACGCAACGUGCACCGGAUGGUCGCUUCAUCGUUCGUCUACCAUUCAAGAAAAACCUAUUGAUUGGUGAAUCACGACAAGCCGCAGUUCGAGCACUCCUCCGCAUGGAGAAAAGAUUCGCCGCAAACAAACAACUUCUUGAGGAGUACACAGAUUUUAUGGAAGAACUAAUCUCUAUGGGACACAUGGAAUUGGCUGAGACGACAACGGACAAAAUGUAUUACAUGCCGCAUCACGCGGUGGUAAAGGAGACAAGUCAAACAACGAAACUACGAGUCGUUUUCAACGCAUCCAUGAAAUCUACAUCUGGAAACUCAUUAAACGACGCUCUCAUGGUUGGUCCGCAGUUACAACAAGAUCUCUUUUCCAUUCUCGUUCGCUUUCGUACACACCGCUUUGGAAUCAUAGCCGAUAUUGAGAAAAUGUACCGGCAGGUUUACGUCGCUAAAGAAGACACCGAUUAUCAACGCAUAGUCUGGCGUUCAAAUCCCGCAGAACCAGUACGUGAUUAUCGACUCGUCAGAGUCACGUAUGGAAUCGCUUCCGCAUCGCACCUCGCAAUAAAGUCAUUACAUCAAGCUGCUAUCAACGCAUCCAAUGCAAGCAAAGAGGUUAUAGAAGUCAUAAAAUCAGACUUCUAUAUGGACGACCUACUCACUGGUGCAGACACCUUUCACGAUCUCGCUUCACUUCAAAAAGACGUUUCCAACGCUCUCUCUGAAAGUGGUUUCGAACUCCGCAAAUGGGCAACAAAUUGUCAACGCGUGAAACAAUUAAUACCUCACGCAUCUAAACAAAUUUCGCAUCUCCUAGCCGAUGGAGAUCAAAUCCGCACACUUGGUACAAUUUGGCAUACCAAUCACGAUUGCCUCUCUAUAGCAGUAAACAAUGAUGAAUUACCCAACGCACUUACAAAACGCACGUUUCUCUCUGACUCAAGCAAGGUAUUUGAUCCACUGGGUCUGAUCGCACCUUGUACAAUCCGCUCUAAAAUUUGGUUGCAAACACUUUGGCGCUCAAACGUGGACUGGGACGAACCGGUUCCUUCCGAAGUCGCCAAGGAUUGGUUAGCGCAUCACCGUGAAUUACCGCAACUAUCUUCAAUUAAAUUAAACCGCUGGUUGGGAACUAGUAAAACUUCCCAUACUGAAUUUCAUAUUUUUACCGACGCUUCAGAAGUCGCAUACGCAGCUGCUUUAUAUUGCCGUACGCAAUCUUCGGAUGGUACGUUUAAGGUCGUAUUAGUAGCAGCAAAAACGAGAGUAGCACCUCUGAAAACUACUUCGUUACCGCGCCUCGAGCUUUGUGCAGCUCAUUUAGGGGCAAAAUUACUACAACAAGUUCAAUUUAGUUUGAACUACACUAUCGAUAAAUUAUACGCAUGGACUGACUCUAUGGUUACUCUAGCUUGGUUAUAA